ACCUCAUACGGAGACGGAGAGUAAUGGAUACUUGCCAAACAUCACACAACCCUGAAAGCCCGACUCAACCUUCUCCUACGUCUUCGAACCCAUACGCUCGUACCUACCUCCCUGCGUCUUCCGAGCCCCCUUCGUCCUCAAAGCCCGCCUUGCAAACGGUAUGGUUGGUAAGCAAUUCCACCCCAGUUUAUGGGGCCAUUCUGUUCAAUUGGCUGACUGCAUUCGGGCGGCGUGUCUCUACAGAUAUUUGGAGCAACUGGGCAUCUAGGCAGAUCUAUCUGCCGUGUCGCCCUAGCAAGGGGUGAUUGUGUCACUGCUGUCGGGAGAAACCUCCCUGGUGAGGAGGUAGUCAUGCAGGGCUGGCAUCAAAUGUGUCAAGGGCUGGUUUGUGAUGUCAGAGUUCGGGAUACGGUAUCAAAGGUGUUUGGUAGCGCCUUGGAACAUUGGGGGAGGGUUGAUGUCGUGGUUAAGUAAGUUAUUUGAUAAUUAUUAUAUAUUAAUGUUGAGAUGGGAGAAAAUUUAAUGUUUUCUUGAGCGGGUUUUCUCGUCUCUCUCUCUCUCUCCCUCUCACUCUUUUUCUUUUCCUUUUACCGAGUCUCCCGCUAAUUCGUGUGAUAUUAUGACAGCUGUACCGGGUAUGGUAUGUACGUGGUUUCCCAUGACCUGGCAUCUCUCGACUAACUGCGUUUAACGUGAUCAAAGGCAUCAUCGGCGCCUGUGAGGAUCAGGACGAACAUGAGAUCCGUGCACAGUUUGAGACGAACCUGAUCGGCGCAGCAAACAUAUUCCAACUGACGUUGCCGUACUUUCGCGAGCGGGGAUCGGGGAUGUAUAUCGUGUUUAGUUCCACCGCGGGUACACUUGGGACACCGGGCCUAGGGCGUAUAUACCCCCUGCCCUCUUAACCGCCAAAUAAUUUUUAGCAGUUCUAACAGAGCGAACAGCCUACUGUGCUACCAAGUGGGCUGUGGAAGGCCUCGCCGAGUCAUUAAUGUACGAAGUUGAGCCUUUAGGAAUCAAGGUAACAAUAGUCGUGCCUGGCCUAUCUAGACGAGACGAGUUAGGUCCCACCCUACCUCACCCUAACACAUCAACCACCAUCUCACAUCUCACCUGCUCCUGGGCUAACCAGGGCCUUGAUCCCUUUUGACGAACCAGACCGGACGAGAACCUCAACGGCCCAGCGCCAAUGUGGGGGCACUUUCUGCUCAAGCCACCAGCAGACGCAUAUAGAGCCACCAACUCACCGGCGCAACACGCAACCCGCAUGAUAGAUUGGCUCAAGUACAAGGAGCCUACAAGCGCCAUUCGAAUCGCAGAAAUAACUUGGGAGGUAGAGUAUUAAUUUCUCAUCUCUCACCACCGCCAUCACCGCAUACGUUUCACAUAUUACCUACAUAUCUGUUGUACACUGUAACGGCACUGCCCACGCACCCGCACAUCGCACACUGCACAUAGUAGCCCGUCACCAUCAUAGAACGGAGAAACCCGGGGAAGGGUAAGUAAAAGAAAAAGAAAAGGAGGGGAAAGGGAACAGGAGUGUCAGCAGUAGCCUGCCCUUCACUUCUUCCAUACUAAAUGUGUGGGUGAGUGGAUAGGUAAGAGAUAAAUAAUCUCUGCUCCCUGGCUAUAGUUGGGUGUCCGGAUACCGCCGUAAACACAAUAAUCCCCAGCUCCAGAGUAAGAUAGAACAAUCUACCUGUAGCCACCGUCGUGUUUCACCGUCGUUCGCCCUCCGACCCCCCCCCCCUCCCCUUUACACUCAGAAAUCACAAGGCUUCGAUAACCCUUCUAGAAGGGGGUAAAAGGGGUUUCCAUGCUCUCGCAUAUUUAUGCGUCUGACAUGCAUUGCAUAUCAAUCCACUUUGUUCCGCUCUGUUUGAAUGCCGUAAGGUGCGAGUUAGCGCACGGCACUGUAAGCGACGAAGACGACGACGACCAUACAAACAAAAAAGCCAAAAGCAAAAUAAAGCCAAAAUUAACCCACUACUCACUUCACUCGUUCACUCACUCACUCACUACACCCACCACCCUCUUCCCCCCAUACACUCUCGACCCUCUCUCUCCAUGCAGUGCUGGAACGAGUAGCAAUAAUUAUUAACAUUUUGCAAAAAAUUCCAUUUCCAGCUCGGCCACUCCACGCACCCCCCCCUCCGCCUAUUCCUGGGCGGUCACGCGGUCGAGGCUAUCCGCGAUCGUUUACGCAGCACAAUCGAAGAGGUGAGCCUCUCCCUAGUUUACUUUUUUGAUGCGUCCUGGUGGUGGUGGUGGGAAGAGCUAUUUUUAGCGGGUAUGGGGAUCUCGGAUAUGCUGACACGGGUGACUUGAACGUAUGGUACAUAGAUUGAGGACUGGAAGCAUCUGAAUUUCAAAGGUGAGGAUGAGGGGGGUGGUUUCUUGCGGUAGUGACGGAAUGAAUGAAUGAAUGGGGUUUAUUUGUGUUUGUGGUCCUGAUGCGUAUCAUGGUGUCGGUAGUUGCUUUUUUUUCUUUCUUGUUUUUUUGUCAAUUGGUGUGCGCUUGCUGUUGUACAGAGUCUUUUGAAUUUACAAGUACUCGCUUGUGGAGUAAAAAAGUGCUGUACCGUACUGGUCGGCGCAACGCGCCGGGAUGCGAGAUAAUUGGUUAGAGCCGUAGGGGGUGGGGGAAUAUGGUACGGUAGGAAGAGAAAGAAAAAACAAGAAAAAAGAAAGUAAUUGCUAUUACCGUAUCGUAUGAUGAACCGUAUGAGUAGAGUCACAGGUGUUUUUUUUUUCUUUUCUCUACCUCUCACGCACACAAUUAAUUGGAAUUGACCACUGUACAGAAAUGCGAGCACUACCAGCACAGUACUAGUACAGUACCAGUAUCAUACCUGUACGAGUAGAGUUCGCAUGGAUGGUACGGUAUGGUAGGGCUUUCCCGCUCCCGCUGCUCCCCCCCUCUCGCACCCACCCACUCGUACUAUUAUCGCUCUGUACUCGAGUACAUGAGCCCUUGUAGUUUAUUGUCCGGGCUUGAGGUGCGGGUAUAUACGAGUGCCGUAGCGUACCGUAACGUACCGGUACAAGGACAAGUACAAGUACAGUA